UCACAAACGAGAUUUUGAUCGUCGUAUCUGGAAGUCGCGACAAAAAUUGUGUAAAAAUGAAAGUAGACACAUAAAAAGCCCUUGGCUGCUCUCAAUACGUAUAGCAGUACUAUAGUCAGAAUGGUAGUUGGUGACACCACUCAAGUCGUUCCAUUAGAGGGCGCAUCAGUUGCAGAUGAGCCGAAGGUACUUUGCAUCGUGCGGGACAUGGUAGACCCACAAGCUAAUGCUAUCAAGCAUACUAUGAACCUGCCGGCCUCCAUGUCAGUUCAGAUCCUGCUGAACGAGGUUGCUAAACAGUUUGGCUACAUGAUGGGAACUAUCUCGGUACACUAUGAGAGACAGACAGGGUCUGAUGUGGAGGAGUUAAGCCUAGAACAGUACACAAUGAGUUUCCUAGGUGAUAUAUUGAGUCCAGGUGUGAAACGUCACAAUUUCACGAUUUGUGAAUUGGAGGGAAAACAGCCAAAGAAAAUGGCUCCACCGCCUCCACCCCCACCACCUAACCUUGGCAAGCCGAUAGAGGGUUCUGAUGCAGGGGCAUCCGGCUCCAGUAGGCUUGAUUCAUCAACAUAUUUCAGCAACAACACCAGCCUGGAACCAAGAACAGCAUACAACAGUGUAUCAUCAACUUCCUCUGCCUCAUACUCGUCAGAUUUCUCAUACUCGUCAACUUUCCUGAAGUCAGAGACAGGUUAUGUUGGUCUGGUUAAUCAGGCAAUGACCUGUUACCUAAACAGCUUAAUACAGACAUUGUAUAUGACACCUGAGUUUCGGAACGCCAUCUACCGGUUCCAUUUUGACAGUGGCAAGGGAGUUAAAAACAUACCAUAUCAAUUACAAAGGCUUUUCUUACUGCUGCAGACAAGUACGAAAAGAGCAGUUGAGACAACAGAUCUUACUAAAAGUUUUGGCUGGGACAGUUCAGAAGUGUGGCAGCAGCAUGAUGUUCAGGAGUUGUGUCGGGUUAUGUUUGAUGCCCUGGAAGUAACAUGGCGUGGAACAGAUCAAGAAAACCUUGUAAAUCAACUGUACCAGGGAAAAAUGAAAGAUUAUGUCAAAUGUUUAGAGUGUGGAAAUGAAAGUGCGAGGAUAGACACAUACCUUGAUAUACCUCUAGUCAUACGACCUUUUGGAUCUACCACUGCCUAUAAAAGUGUUACUGAAGCACUGGAAGCCUUUGUUCAGCCAGAGACUUUAGAAGGGCGAGAUCAGUAUUUCUGUGAAAAAUGUAACAAAAAAUGUGAUGCUCACAAGGGCUUGAAAUUUUUAUCGUUUCCUUACUUGCUGACACUACAGAUGAAGAGGUUUGAUUUCGACUAUGCUACAAUGCAUAGGAUCAAGUUAAAUGAUAAAAUGACAUUUCCCGAGGUGCUCAAUCUGAACUAUUUAACUGAGGAUUUAACAGAGGAAGGUACGACAGAAGAGAAAAGUCCUGAUGUAAUAGAGACAGAUAGUGUGCAGAAAGACCAAUGUAAUGAUGAUGCCAUUGAUGAAGGUAUAGAGAUGGAAGUGUCAAGUUCAGCGGGAUCUAUUAAUGAAGAUUCUAAUCUCUCCAAUGAUACUCUAAAUGACAGAAAUGCUCAGCAUUCAAAUGUGAAGGGUCCCUAUGUGUACGAGUUGUUUUCUAUAAUGAUCCAUUCAGGAAGUGCAGCCGGUGGACAUUACUACGCCUAUAUCAAAUGCCUGAGUGAUGGACAAUGGUACAGCUUCAAUGAUCAACAUGUAUCAAAAAUCACCUAUGAUGAUAUAAGGAAAACAUAUGGAGGCAGUUCUACUACCAGAGGAUACUAUUCUUCUUCAUACGCAAGUUCAGCCAAUGCCUACAUGUUGAUGUACAGGAAAAUAGAUAAAGAUAGAAAUAUAGAUUUCAUGUGCGGAGAAGACUUUCCAGAACAUGUGAAAGUUGAACUGAGAAAAUUGAAUGAUAAGGAAGAAGCAGACAGAAAACAGAAAGAAAUGGAUAAAUCCACUUGCAAGAUAAAGAUUUUCUGCGUCCAUCCUUCACGGAAAAAGAAACUAGAUCACAAACUUGAGAUCCACAAAGACAAAACACUGUCAGAGGCCACAGAUCUGGCAUAUAAGAUAUUCGAGUUAGAAGACAGUGUGACACGUGACUGUUGUCGGAUUGUGAAGUACGACGAAUAUCAAGAUUCUCUUGAAUGUUCUUUCGACGACUCUGAUGAUGUUGCUAUGGAAACCUUACUUAAUGGUGUAAAACAGAGUUACAGCUUUGACCUGCUCCUUGAAACAAAGAGACCUGAACAGAAAUUCCAGGAGUAUAAACCAGGAGGUGUAACGGUGAAGGUAUAUGUGGCAGAUUUAGAAAAAGAUACUAUUAUAGAGCCUGCGGCCACAGUGAGGGCAUAUCUUGUACAGACUGUACAGGAAUUUAAAACACUUGUUUCACAGGUGUUGGGACUGAAACAAGAUGAUAUGAGAUGUGUGUUGGAAAGAUUUCACAAUGAUCUUAAACUUCUCUAUAUGCCCAAUAAAACAUUGAAAAGCGAAGGAUUCUUUAAAACUAACAAGGUGUAUGUAGAACUAAAUGCGACAGAGGAAGAAAGGAAUACACAGUUUGAUAGAAGUCACUUCUAUACCCUGUUAGACAGAUAUCAAAACACAAUUAAUAUACAAGUCAGUCUACCUUCACUAGCUGAGGUAUCUGACUACAAAAGACACUCAUGUGCUCGAGAAAAUUCUCCGCUGGGUCAGGACUCGGCAGUUGAAAGUGGUGUUAACAGUUCAGCAAAUAGUGUUGAUAAUGGAAGUGAAAUGUGCAAUCAUGAAAGACGUACAUUCAGAUCAAGAGAAAAUCUGACAGACCGAGAGUCUUUCUGUAGGGACCUAGAUACAGAAAUAAGAACUUUAAACUUACAAUCACAGUUAAGUCAAAGUGAUCCAAAUUUAUAUGGUAGUAGUAGACACUCUGAUGGCGUUUCAAAGGGUGACAUUUUAAACAGUUUACAUAAUCGAGGGUCAGGGUCGUCCCUUGAAUGUCAAGACUCAAGGUCAUGUAGUCAAUCCACUCAGUCUACAAGUACUAGUGCAGAAUUCAGUUUAGGAAAUGUGAACUCUGUAUGUGAAGGAAAUUUGGAAUCCCCAGAUGAUGUUGUAGUAUCAAACAGUGAUAAAGAAUGUGACCUUAAUGCGACCUUUAGUGAAAAAGAACAAAGUAAUGACCUUGAGGAUUGUGACCUCAAGGAAAAGUUAGGAAGUGGUGAACCUGUUGAACAUGUGUUUUCAGAAAGUUCAUUACCUAGUGCAAAUUUGCCAAAAACUACAAAUUCACCUGAAGAUGAAAAUAUAUCAGUGUUUAAGUCAGAAUCAGACAUUAAGGGCACGUCAGGCUGGGAGAAACAUGGGCGUAGGCAAGCUACGACAGGCUGGGAUGAGUCAACAGGGAGCACUUCAGCCUGUUUUGAUUCAAUGAGAGACAGCCAGACUACAGAAGAUGCCGAAGAAGAAAAAAGAUUCUUUCAGGCUGAACUCUGUGAAACAGACUCUGAUCAAAGAAGUCUGUCAGUGUUUGUAGAUAAGAGAAUCACGCUGGGAUGUUUCAAAGCAGAACUUGAACAAUAUGUAGGAGUGUCUGCAAAUAACUUUAAGGUGUACAGAGUAUACUCCAACAAUCAAGAAUUUGAGAGUAUACGACUCACAGAGACACUGUCAUUCUUAGAGGAUGGGAGGAUUAAUAUCAAACUAGGUAGAGCUUUGAAGAAUGGAGAAUACAGGGUUAAAGUGUUCCAGUUACUAGUCAAUGAAACAGAGCCGUCCAAGUUUUUGCUUGAUACGAUAUUUGCACGAGGGAUGACAGUGUUGGACUCGAAGAAGAUGAUUCUUCCUGAGAUAAAAUUAGAACACAACCUGGAUGUUCCUCUUGACAGAUGUCGAUUGAGAAAGAAGACGUGGAAGAAUCCUGGCACUAUUUAUGUGGACAAACAGGUGUAUGAAGAAGAAAUACCAAUCUAUCCUAACUGGGAAGUCUUCCUUGAGAUCCUCGACGGUCCAGAACAGAUGUUGUCAUCUGCUCAACUUGCAGUGUAUUUGAGAAGAUGGUAUCCAUCCAAGUACGAGCUUGGACCGUUUGAGGAGGUUGUAAUUACUGAACAGACAGUAGAAGAACUUAAAAAGAAGAUUUCAGAAUUACAUGGAAUAAACACUGAAGAUAUCGAAAUGGCAAAGGGUCGGGGGACAUUUCCCUAUGAUGUAUCUGUGUUGGAGAUACAUACAGACUUAGACUGGAACCCUCCAGUGCAGGCUCUAGGAAUGUGGCCGUUGUAUAUAUGUGAUGAUGGUUGUCUCGUGUACUAUAGGGACAGCAAGGAAAAACUGGCCGAACUAAGUGAUAACAUGAAGAAAGAAAUCGAAACGAAGGAAAAUACCAGAUUGUCCAAGUCUGCACAACGAGUCACUUACAGUCCCAGAAAGGAAAGAGCCCUUAAAAUAUACACAGAAGAACCUGCACCUAGUAACAAUCUGUCUGCGUCAAACGCUUCCCCAGAUCUCGACUAAAUCCAGACCUGUUUGUUGUUCUUUUGGUUCAAAUGCCUAUGUGGAGCAGUUGGCAGGAUUUCCCAGUAUAAGAUAUAAGGUUAAAUAGCAGUAAACCAGUCAGAGAACUUUAACAUCUGAUUGGUUGUUCAAGUUUGAAAUCGACCAAUGGCAUAGUGAUACUGGUCUUUAAAGUUGGAUUUGUAAAGUUUGAGCUUGAAAUGUGUCAUUUCUUUCUCUUUAGUGAAGUCAUAGGUGACUGUAAGGAAUGUAGCAGGAAACAUUUACAACUAAAGAAUUUAAGAAUACAGAAUUAUAGCUGUUUGUUUUGGUCAGAUUGUGUUAUUACUAACUGACUGUAUGCUUUUCAUUUCUGUAGUGAUAUGGUAUUAUUAUUUCAGCUGUCUAAUAAAAGGGAAACAAACUGCAUUUAAUUUGCUAAUAGAGGUGAUAACUAAACAAAUUUACCAAAGGUGUAAAGGUAUUUUCAUAUAUUAAAACAAUAUUGAUGUUAUGAAAUACUCCAGGUUUUGCAUUAAAUGGAAAAAAAAAACCCACAUUUUUAAUGAAUUUUUAUUGGGCUUGACAGUUUAACGACUUCACAAAAAAUCUGUUAUUUGAAUAUUAAUAGUGACUGCACAAAAUCUCUUUAACCUUUAGCCUGCUGGCGACGAUUGAUUCUGCUUUUGCGACCAGUGCAGACCAGCACUGUUCGCUAUUCAGUCAGGAAAUUUCCAGUGAUCUCCCCUUCAAAUAGUAAAUGGUACUGUUCAAAUUGAAUAAUAGACCAGUCCACCUUAGAAGUUUAGCAGGCUAAAGGUUGAUCGAUCAGUUGUUCCACAGUCUAGGUAUAUGAUAGUUUUAUAUGUUAGACAGGUGUAUGGAAAUCUUUCUGAUAUUCCAGCAAACUUGUUAUAUACAUGUUGUGUUUUCAUAGGUGUAUAUGCCUCAAUCAUUAUGAAGUCUUUCAUUUGAUUUUGUUUUUGUUUUGUUUUUUAAUGUCAUUUGAUUUUGUAGAAAAUUUUCAAAUAAGAGCUGUUUUAAUUAAGGGUAUUUUCAUGUCUAUCUUAAUAAUUUAAAGUCAUUAUUUGACUAAACACCUUAAGUCAGUGGAAUACAGGGACAGCUUCUUUAUAAGAUGUAUUUGUUCUAGGUGGUUAAAAAAACAUUAAUAAACAAUAUUAUUGUUACCAUUAUUAUACCAGAUUUAUAUAGUGUCCUUUUCAUGAUAAACACGUUCAAAGGCGCCUUACAUAUAGCAAACACAGCUACACAGAGCAUGAAAAUAUGAAAGUUAUGCCUGGCAUUGGUGGUGUCUGGGUACAUUUUUUUUUUGUCUGCUGGCAGAAGUGAUACUAAUGCAAGAUGUAGAUGUUGGAAAGUCGUCUCAUCAGGCAAUUUAGCAUUUUUGUUCUGAACAAGAUUUAUUUUGAUGAGUAUCCAUUCGCACACCAUUAAGCAAGUCUAAUUUGUUUUAUAUGCCCCUGGACAUAUAGCAGUUGAGCUGUCCGUAAUAACAAGAUUGCCUACAGCUCACAUAAAUGACCCAGUUUAGUUCAUACGCACACGCAACAAAAUGUGGCAAAACCUAAAACCUGACAUUGUCAGAUUAUGGCUUUGGGAUCUUACUUCUGCAAGGCCUAGAUGUAAGAUAUAUUGAAGGUAGACUAGUUAUCUACAGAGAUUGUUCAAGUCAGGUCCUAGGUUUCAGGUUCAGGGUUGCCAUACAUUUCACUGCUUUACAUAGUUACAUUUAGUUCUGUAAAACAUUUAUGAUUCAUACAUCAAAACAGCAGUUUCUUUUGGAUAUUGAUUUGUGAAUUAUCAGCUUUGAAGACCAAAUGAAUGUGAAUUUUAUUUGUUUGCUGGGAGUUAUUUUUAAAUAAGUGAAUUUACGUAUCCAUGAAAGCCACAAAAAUGAGUCCCCAAUGAAGAAUUAUGAUUGGACAGUAUUAGUUAUUCCAUACAGAAUUUGGUUAAAUUUGCCUUGGGCUGGCCUAGGAACAUGCAGUUACAUGAACAAAAAUAUCUUGAGGGUUUCAACAAAGAAAUCCUACAUAUUGUCUGGUUGUUCUCUCCUUAGGGGAGCACCUCACUGUGGCCCAUUAAGACCUUUGUUUUGUUUUGGCUAGUAUUUGAUGUACUGGGAAAUGCUGGAAUUCAGUGCGAAAAAAGCCCAAUUUUGGAAUAUUUUAUCAGAUUGUUUUGUAUGAUACUAAAUUUGUAAAGUAUUGAAUACUGCAUACAGUUUCAAGUAUUUAUGUCUUGUUAUAUUGUAUAUAUGAGUGUUUGUUUUCUAUGUAUCCUCCAUGGUUUGAAUAUACAACAUGUAAUAUGAUUAGUUGUUAGUACUGAGUGUGAAGUAAUGUGUGUGUAGUGAAGAGAUACUGAUUGCAUGUUUUUCCUAGAAGCAUCAAAUUGUUUUACGUUGCACUUCUUAAAUACUCUGGACAAGUAUAUUGCACAACAUUUUUAACUCCAAACUUAACCUUUAGCCCGCAGGCGACAAGUGAUUCUACCUUUGAGCCAGCGCAGACUAUGAUCAGUCUGUGCAGGCUGAUCAUGGUCUGCACUGUUCACUAUUCAAUCAGUAAGUUUUCAGUGAACACCCCUUCAAAUAAUAAAUAGUAUUGCCCAGAUUGAAUGAUGGACCAGUCCAUUUUAGAAAUUUAGAAGGAUAAAGAUUAAUUCCUUGUUGUUAUCUCUGUCAUAUAUAGAGAUAAUCAAGUGAAACUAUUUCUUGAUCAUUUUAUUAAAACCUAGAUCUGAUACCGAUAACUAUUAAGAGUAAAGUCAUUGAGCUCUUACAGUCACGAUAAGCUGACCAUAAAAUCACAUCACGUGAGCGCAUCAGUACCGAGUGUCCUUGUAACUACAGUAAAUGUAAAACACAUGGAAAUGAUGUUAUUCAUUAAGUUCACCUGUUUACCACAAAAAAAUAUUGGUCACAGUUGUAAAAUCUUGUGGAAGGCUCUAAUUACCACACAUUAUGUGACUACGUUUACAAUAAAUCAUUUAAUUUCCUGAGCAUAAGAUUUCUUGGUUUCAAAUCUUUGACAAAAAUGGCUAUUUCAUUUGGGACUUGAAUUCCUGGAUUUCAAAUUUUUAACGAUACAAUUCGGAAUAGUGUUUCUUUAUUGGGAUUGAAAUUGGUGGAAUAUUGUUACAUUUUAUCAAAAUUGAAUGAUCAGUUAUAGGCUCCAGUUUUCACUGUCAGAAAGAAAUAGGUCAAUAUUUCUUACAGAUUCAAAUGUUACAAGAAAGUCUUAAGUGUGGAAUUAGCAAAGUUAAAUAUAUAAAUUGUGCACCAGUAUUUUGAAAUACCAUGAUGAGAUAACAAACAAUAAGGUGGUACUUUUGACUUUGAAUGAAUCAGGAAGAAAAAGCAAAACCUGUUUAUAGGGUUAUAAAUAUAAUUGCAAUUUAUCUGUAAAAUGUAAAUUAUAGCCAAGCUGAGCUUUAGAUUUUCCAGAAAAGGGUCAGCAUAAGAAGUACUAAAGCACUUUUUUUUAUAGUUUUUUGUACCAGUGUUCUGCCUGUUACUAGCAUUUCUUUUUAUUGAGGUCAGUCCACACCUCCAAGGAGUUCUUGCAUUUAGCAUGGACUCUAAAGUUACGUACUAUACCAGCUAGUGAAUUUUAUCAUCCAUUUUUGUGAAACUUGACUUUGUCCUUAUAUGUUAUAUUUACUCCUCCCAGGAAAGUUGCUUUUAUAGAUUUUUUAUGUGUACACUGGUCCCUUUUUCAUUGAGUUGUAAUAUUUAUUAAGAUUUUUGUUUUCAGGACUAUUUCCAGGUGAAGUGGAUAUGAUGUAAAACAAAUAUUUUUGAACACUGAAAUGAUGGGAUUUGUUAACUAAUGUUAGUUGUAGACAAUAAAACUUAGAAGGAAGAGAGUAAUGUUUAAAAACAGAAAAUAAAAAUUGUGAAAAGAGUUAGAAGUACCUAUUUCAUUCGUUUAUGUAGUCUGAAUAUCACCCAUAACAGAUUUAAGUUCAUAAUCAAAAACAAGAUUAAGCUUUUUUUCUGAUAAGAAAAACAACUUGAAAACAACCAGUUUGUUUUUUAAAUGAAUAUCUAGGAAAGUGUUAAGUUUACAAAGGCCUAGAGUCGUCAAUAUUAAAAGUAAUGCCCAACUUUGAAAUGCUUUCUCGUUAAAGGGAGGUACUUACAAAGGUUGGAAAUUAAUAAAGCUCUUUAGGGUUUGAAAUCACUUAACAGCCAUUAUGCAUGUACAAAGAGCUAUAAAAAUAUAUUUUAUACCUCUUUGGCAUGUUAAAUGAACUGCAUGGGAAGUGUUGUAUUUGCAAAAAAGUUUCUUAAAGGCCAUGAAACCACCUUAAAUAUACUACCUUACAACAAACAUGACUGUGUUUUAUUUGAAAUUGUAUUUUCUCUACAUUAAUAUAAAGGUAAUAUUGUGUUUGUUCUUCCCAAAGGGAGAUAAUAAUGUUGUAUAGAUGAAACUUUAAGUAGUAAAGAGUUUUGUCAAAAAGUUUGUUUACAGCUUAUAUAUUUAGAUUUCAUUGUGAUAAUUUAUCAGUAGAGUAUUCUGUGUAUUUACACUGAGGAUAUAUGUAUGCAUGUUAAAUCAGUCUCUAACAGAAUCUUGUUAGAAAUAAUGAAUAAAAGUAGAUAAUAAAAAAAG